CUGACUAAACUGUCUAGCAGACUACUCGAUACAAAAGACAUUGCAUAAUAUUCAUUCAAAAUGAUGAAGUUCACUGUAGCAGCCUUCACCAUUCUGAUCUGCAUGACGCUACUGUCCACAACAGAAAGUAGAUCCCUACAACAACUACGUUGCAACUGUAUUAAAACAUAUUCAGGAAAACCAAUCCCUAUCCAGAAAAUACAAGUAUUGAAGGUCAUUUAUGCUGGUGCACAUUGCAAAAAUAUGGAGAUCAUUGCCACGGUGAAGGAAAGAGAAACUUGUCUCAAUCCCACAGAUAUAUGGGUGAAAACUCUCAUGGAAGAAAAGAACAAGAAGAACGAAUGAACGAAUGUCCCUGUUCUUUGACUAAAGAGCAUAAAGACAUAUCUUGUGGGACUGAAGAAAAAGCAUCUGUUGUUUAUAACUUGUUAAUGCAUCAGAUUACAGUAUUAGGCUUUUACUGCUGGAACUUACAUAUUUUUUUUUUAUUUGUCAACUGAAGAGAAUUAUAUAAGAUGUAUAAGAUUAUUUUAAACAAUGACAUACAAAUGUGAAUAAU